AUGGAAAACGUUAAUGAUGAUUGUUCGGUGGAAUCUGGGAAUGAGAAUGUGACAGAGAAUAUGAACAAAGUGGACAACAAAAUGUUAGAAGAAGAUGAUCCGAUUGUGUCCGAGGUGGGUAUGAUUUUUAGCAGUGAAAAAGAGAUGUGGGAGUUCUACAAAAUAUAUGUAUAUAGCGUAGGUUUUCCAGUUAGGAAAAGGAAUUCAAAAAAAGGGAAUGAUGGUGCAUUGGGAUUUGUGACCUUCACUUGUAGCCGUGAAGGAAAAAAUAGGAGUAGUAAAAGCUAUACUCAUGGAUCGUGGAGAAUUAGCACAGCUAUCCUCGAACACAAUUACAAAACAAGUCCUUCGAAAUCCAGGUUGUAUCGAUGCAAUAGAGAGUUGAGUACACAUGUGAAACGGAAGCUUAAAGUGAAUGAUAUGGCAGGAAUUCCGUUGCAUAAAAGCUACAACUCUGUAGUUGUUGAAGCAGUUGGAUACGAGAAGAUAACUUGCAUUGAAAAAGAUUGUCGGAACUAUAUCGAAAACAAUAAUAGGUACAGACAAACAUAUAAAGAGUUCGGGGAUGUGGUUACAUUUGACGCCACUUACCUCACUAACAAAUACGACAUGCCCUUUGCCCCAUUCGUUGGCGUCGAUCAUCAUCGACAAUCAAUAUUGCUUGGAUGUGGUUUGGUGUCAAAUGAAGAUAUAGAUACAUUUGUGUGGUUGUUCAGUACGUGGCUUAAGAGCAUGCCUGAAUUUGAGGUAGGAUGGAGCGUGAUACUUGAUGCCUAUGAAUUACAUGACAAUGAUUGGUUAUCAGGACUAUACAAGAACAGAAGUCGUUGGGUUCCUUGCUUUUUGAACACUAGUUCCUGGGUAGGGAUGUCAACAACUCAAAGGAACGAGAGUAUCAAUGCAUUUUUUGAUGGAUAUGUAUACUUGAAGACGUCUCUAAAAUAG